AUGGCGGGAGGUAAGAAACAGACACCGCGCGUAAGGCCGAACGUACUGAUUACAGGGACUCCUGGUACCGGUAAAUCGACGACGGCUGCUGCUCUGGCCGAGGCGACUAAUUUCCGGCAUAUCUGCGUCGGAGAUCUGGUCAAAGAGAAAAACUUGCACGAUGGCUGGGACGAUAAAUUCGAUGCUUACAUCAUCAACGAAGACUUGGUGUGUGAUGAGCUUGAGGAUGUAAUGGUAGCUGGAGGGAACAUAGUGGACUACCAUGGCUGUGACUUCUUUCCGGAGAGAUGGUUCGAUCGUGUUGUGGUGCUUCAAACUGAGAACACUGCCUUGUUUGACCGUUUAACUAAGAGGGGUUACUCGGGAACCAAGCUUAGCAACAACAUUGAAUGCGAAAUCUUCCAAGUCAUUCUCGAAGAAGCACAAGACAGUUACAAAAUGGAAAUUGUCUCCGCGCUACAAAGCAACACACUCGAAGAUAUCUCCAGCAAUGUCGCGAGUCUAACGGAUUGGAUUAGAACAUGGCAGCCCUGA